UUCAGAGUCCAACGUGAGGGGACGUUUACGGUGUUAUCCAAAAUUUGUUAAAAAGCGUUAGUGUUAAUGGGCAUUUGAAUAAACAAAACAACAAUUAGUAUACACGAACUGCUCCAAAUUCCAAUAGUGAAAAUUACAAACUAACACAGCCAAGCAUUAAUAAUUCCACCCUCUGUUUGUCAAAUAUUUAUACACACCACCAACGCCCCCUGCCCCUGGCCGUGCGUGAGUGUGGCGCCAACGUACAUAUGUAAAAGCAUUCGACGUUGCGUCCGAUAAGAACAGCAACAACUACAGCUACAGCCRCAACAACAACAAUUAUUGCAGCAACUCCCACAACAAUUGCCGCCGAUGAGGUGAAUGCACUUGCACUCCAACUGGAGGCGGUAAGUCCCCCGCACCAGCGCUGCAUCAAUUAAGACACAGCCCCAAUUAGAGAAAGUUCAGAGGCAAACCAAGCGGCAGCAGCAGCAGCAGCAUCUCGUCAAGAUGCCAUCGCUCCGGCAAAAGGUCACCACGUACUUUCGACAAUUGAGUUUUAUAGCGGAGCCGCGCGACGGCCGCAGGCGCGUCAAUGGCAACGCCGAGGAGGACGACGGCAGCUUCAUUACCAAAUAUCUCGAGGGUCGUAUGGAGCGUGAGUUUAUGGCCGGCGGACCGGAGAUCUACAAUGGCCAGAGUCCCACAGACAUGCCCGUGCUGAAGCUGGGCAGCUACGACACCGGCCCGGACACGAUCAUUGCCGCCUGCACAGGCCCGGACGAGGGCCUGACGGGCAUCAAGCGCUCGAAAUUGCAUUUAAGUGCCAGCUAUGCGGAUGAUAUUGAUUUCAUCGAUACGCAGCAGGAGAACGAGGAUGCGUAUGGCGUGCGCAAGAGUACGCCGCCGGCUCCAGUGAUCAGCGCAUCGACAAGGCUGAGCAACAAGUUUGCGCGGCGCCAGAGCAGUACGGAUCAGAGCGCGGCGGGCACGGGUACUGCAGGAGGAGGCACUGUCGCCUCAGGGAUGCGAUCCAGAAAGAACUCAAAGAGCAGCAUUAGCGCCUCAUCAGCUGCGGCGAGAGAGAGCGCCGGUGGUAAAGCCACCACCAUAGUGGUCAGCAUGGUCAGCAACAGCAGUCCUGCCCAGGAUCAGAACAACAAGAAUCUCUUGAAUGCCAAGACUGAGGCCUCCACGGCAGCUGGCAACUCGGAGCGCGAACGACUGCUGCGUGAAGCCGUCAGCAAUCAGAGCAGCACACCAGCGGCCACACCCACCGCCCUCUCCACGCCGGUGGCUGGCGUGCAAAACUGGCAAAUGGAUUGCGAUUUCGCCUACGGUAUCUCAGUUUCCCUCUACGAAAACAACAUGCUGACCAAGGAGCCAAUGGGCAAUCCCAUUGCCGAUUGCUAUGGCUGCGUUGUGCGUGGCGAUGCCGCUGCCAUGGCCAUGGCUGAUGGCGUCAAUUGGGGUGAUGGCGCUCGCCUGGCUGCUCGCUCCGCUGUGCACGGCUGCCUGGACUAUUUGGACCGCGCCGUGUUUGGGCAAGCCCACGAGUGUCGGGCCACCACCACACAGGAGCUGUUUGUGAGUCUGUUGCGCAGCCUGUGGGAGGGUCACGGCUGCAUACUGGAAGUGGGCGGGGCACUUUCCACGCUAACCAUUGCUGUAGUUCUGCCGCUGGACGGUGCAAACGGCAAGUAUGUGGUCUGUGCGUGUAAUGUGGGCGAUUCCUUGGGCUACGUGUACUCGAAGAAGCACGGUGUGCGGGAACUGACGCAAGCAUCCCAUGAUAUUAGCUCCAUGCGAGAUAUGCGUGAUGCGCUGGGAGCGCUGGGACCCGCCGAUGGCAACAAACCCGAACUGAGCAAUCUCACCUUCUCGAUGAGCUGCAUCGAGCGUGGAGACAUUGUGUUUCUCACUUCUGACGGCAUCAGCGAUAACUUUGAUCCGGUCGUCGGCAAAUUCGCUGAGGCUUGGACACCUGAUGUAAAGCUCCAGCAACUGCAGCCAGGGAAUCUGGCGCCGAAGCGACAGAACAAGAGUGCCUCAGCGAUCUAUGCUCGCUUGCAUCCGUCGUCGGCCACGCCGCCCUGUCGAACACGCAAGCCAAAAGCCGGCAGCCCACCAAACGGAGUGCCCAGCCGGCCCAAGUAUAUGCGCUCCCAGACACUGAUCGAAGCACGCCAUGGAGUAGGCGCCGGUGCCGGGGCACCAGCUUCACCAACACCGCCAAUUCAACGCAUUCCCAAAUCGGCGAUGGGCCUGCCACUGGUCACUGGGCCGCAACGGCAUGCCCUGACGCUGCACCGACUGGAGGACUUACUUAGUUACGGUAUUAACGGUACUUUCUCACCCUGCGCCUCGGCACGGCGACUCUGCCACCUACUGAUCGAUUUUGUGCGCAUGAUUACCUCCGCACGCCGCAAAACCCUCGAACAGCGGGAACUCUUUUAUAAGCUGUCCACCGGCCCGGAUGGGGUCAAGCGAGAGGUGCAGCUGAACCGCAUGCAGCACAGAGCGGCCCGCAAACGAAUCGUUGACAGCAGUGCAUUUAGUGCGUUGCCUGGCAAACUGGAUCAUGCCACUGUGUUGGCCUAUACCGUAGGUGGUGCAACAGCAUCUGAUGCUGAUGAUGCUGAUGCUGGUGAAGCGGGUCUUGGUGGUGGCGGCGGUGGCAAUGGGAAUGUGGCGCCAUUACUGCAGUCCAAGGAGUUCAAAGAGACGAAUUUUUAAGCUACCCACACUCAAACGCGAUUUCAUCACAUAUAAAAUAUAUAUAUUCCCAUAAAUACGUAGUUUUACACACUCACACACACACACACAUAUAUAUAAAUAUGUAUUAUUAUUUACUUGGUAUUCGUGAAGCUUUUAUUUAAGUUGUUGAUUUGAUUUUUCGAGUUUGUCAGCCAUAGUAUAUAGCCAUUUUUGAAAUGCACAAGCAAAACGACAAAUUGCCUCAAACGUUUUAAACUACCAAAAAGAAAACAA